AUGAUCUGCCUCUCCAAAGCGGACGAGUCGUUCUACCGACACCUCACCUGGAACCAGAGCCCUUCGCCUCUGGCCUCAUCCCACACCACGCGCCAGGACCUCAAUGGCAUCUCCAACCUGCGCGAGCAUGUCGAUGCUGACCAGGAUGAUGGGAGCGGUGGCAGUAAUGGGUCACUCUUGGGUGCAUGUGAUGACAGUAAUCAAUCUGGGAAUCAAGCUUCCGAGCCCGAGAAGGGCUCUCCCAACGAUGCGGGACGACUGUCCCGUAUCUCGGGACUGUCCUCGCGUCUAAAGACGGUCGCUGGUGGUGAUGACCACAGCCGUCUUCCUCGAGGCGCUCUCUCGUCAUGUGCCUCGCACAUUUGGAGCUGGACCAUCUGGGUCCUCUCUGUCCUUGUUGUCUCUACGAUUCUCUCGUCCUGGAACUCGCCCUCGCCGUCGCCCGUCGCCAAAGCCCCCUCGCCCAAGCCUCAGGAGUCACUGGUUGUCGAUCACUUCUCGACCCUCCGCAAGCGAAACACUUGCGCCAAGGGAGGCGUUGACAAGGAAGACUACAACCUUCCUCUUCACGUCGGAGCUCUCUUCAUCAUCCUGUUUGUCUCGACGUUGGGCUGUGCGUUUCCUGUUCUGGCCACCAAGUUCCCGGGCCUAAGAAUCCCAAGCCGCUUCUUCUUUGCCGUGCGCCACUUUGGUACCGGCGUUCUCAUCGCUACAGCUUUCGUUCAUCUGCUUCCCACGGCCUUCAUCUCUCUCGGGGACCCUUGCCUCAGCAGCUUCUGGAACCAGGACUACCCUGCUAUGCCAGGCGCCAUCGCUCUUGCGGCCAUCUUCCUUGUCACUGUGAUUGAAAUGGUCUUUCACCCUUCACGACAUGUUGCUCCUGUUGAAAUUACGUCUACCAACUGCAACAGCCAGCAGGCGCAAACCGGUCGUGGGUGCAUGGGAAGCGUAGGCAUGCUUCCUAUCCGUGAUAUGGGGCCCCUCCGCGGACGAUCCUCAAGCAUCGGACAAGGCCUGUCUGUUCUCAACAGCAGAGAUGAGAGAGUGCAGAUGCAAAACCUCGAAGAAGAGGCUUGUGAAGACGACGACAACGCUCAGUCAGGAAGAAAACAUCUCGAGGAGACGAGCCUCGAGUCCCUACAGGUGCCUGCUCUGUCCCCAGAGCAGCAGCAACGCAAGGAGCUUCUCCAGUGCGUGCUGCUCGAACUUGGUAUCCUCUUCCACAGCGUCUUUAUCGGCAUGGCCCUCAGUGUGUCGAUUGGAAACGAGUUCAUCAUUCUGCUUAUCGCCAUUGUAUUUCACCAGACUUUUGAGGGUCUAGCUCUCGGAUCUCGAAUUGCAGCCAUCAAGUGGCCUGAGGGCAAACUGCAGCCUUGGUUCAUGGCGCUUGCAUAUGGAUGCACUACUCCCCUCGGACAGGCCAUUGGUCUUGCUACCCACAUGCUGUACAGCCCUGACUCCGAGGUUGGUCUCAUUGUUGUCGGUGUCAUGAAUGCCAUCUCGGCUGGACUGCUCACGUUUGCGUCCCUUGUCGAGCUGCUUUCCGAGGAUUUCCUCAGCGAUGAGAGCUGGCGCUUCCUGCGUGGCCGCAAGCGUGUCUAUGCCUGCCUGCUCGUGUUCUUCGGGGCUUUCUUUAUGAGUCUCGUCGGCGCUUGGGCUUAA